CCUUGGGCGUCCUAACAGGGUUGGAACUGCUUGGCACAUAGUCAGCCGAUGGCUCCCGAAGAGACCUGCUGAGGUGCCCCCCGGCCUCCACGCCCUCCGCCCCCGGCCCCGCCAUGUCGAAGGACGACGGGAGCUGCCGGCUGAGCUCGGUCUUCAAGCCCAAGGAGCGGAAGCCCAAGAAGCCCCACUACAUCCCCCGCCCAUGGGGGAAACCGUACAACUAUAAAUGCUUCCAGUGCCCCUUCACGUGCAUGGAGAAGUCCCACCUGUACAAUCACAUGAAGUACAGCCUGUGCAAGAACUCGCUGUCCCUGCUCAUUGACAACGACUGGUCGUACAGGAAGGGUGCCACCUUGAACCCCGACCUCCGGCUCCUUCCCGCCCGCAGCCGGCGCAGUGACGAGGCGGGAGAGGUGGAGGGGGCUGCCGUGACUGGGGGGAGCGCAGGGGCUGGGGCCUGUCUCCAAAUGGGCGCGGGGACAGGGCCCAGCCAGAGGAAGGCCGAGGGGGGCGGCUGCAGCCGUGCCCUGUUCCUAGGCCUCGAGCCGGAGAGGAAUCCGCCGCCCGAGUUCCUCAUCGCCGAUGUCAUUUCCCCGAAGAACCCCGGAGGAGCCGGGCCCGGAUUGGCGGCCCCUCGGGGGGAUUCCAGGGUCCCAUUGCCAGGCAGGGGGUCCAAGGGCUCUCCAGAGGGCAGGGGACCCGCGGUGGAGCAGUGGAAGCGGGCGGUCACCGGGCCCAGGCGAGGGGCUCCGGACAUCUCCCCUCAGAACCUCGACCGCCCCAUCAUCCCCUGCUACCCCCCGCCAGACUACGGUGACUACCGUGAGCCCCAGGGCCACAGCCUCUCUGUCCUGGGCAUCAACUACCCCCUGAGCCACCCCGGCCUCUUCUCCUACCUGGGCCCCUCCGUAGUGGGCAGGGCCGUGGCUCACCCCCACGUGGCCCAGCUGCCCUUCCUGGCCUCCCCAGCUCCCGGUCCCUUCCAGGCCCAGCCUGGCCUGGACCGGGCCGCCCUCCUGCCCCGCUUCUACUACCCACUGCUCCUUGAGCAGGCCUUGGGCACGCCCGCCAGGAAGCCCGAGACUCCCGCGAUGCCCACGGCCACCCUGCCGGUGAAGGGGCCCUUUGCGUUGCCCAAGGCCGGGUUUCUCAGGGUGCCUACCCCGAAGGAGUGUGCCCUCUGGCCCCGGAGUCUGCACGUCCUCUGCUGCCAGCCCCCCGGUGAGGAAGACCCCGGCGUCCUGGGGGUCCUGCCCCCAGGGGGCUCGGCGACGGACCAGCCGGUAGGGGCCACCGCAUUUUUGUCCGGGGAACUGUCCCGGACCCUAGGGGCCUACCAGACGGUGGAGAAGAAGCUCUCAGACCUGGCCAACGAGGAUGGGCCAGCCCAGAAGCCCCUGAGGGAGCAGCUGGAGGAGAUCCGCAGGGAACUGCUCCGCAUCCACCAGGCCCUGGAGCAGGCCGCCCAGCCACCUGAGGGACCCCUGGAUCUGUCACUGAAGAAGGAGCCCCCGACCGGCGAGGAGCAGGCCGCGGGGAAGCUGGGAGGCGCAGACCCCAGGGUUAGAGGGCCUGGGGCUGGAGGCCGGGGGCGGGAGAAGACCCCGGAGUUCCUGCCGCAGGCGGGCCAAGCGGAAGGGGUCCCGGACUUCCCUCUGGAGAUCCGCCAGGCCGUGGGGCCGCUCUGCGGUCACACCACCAAGUGCGAGGCCGACUCCAGCGUCCUUCUCUGUGCCGACGGCCGGGCCGGCCCCCCGGGACCCCCACUCAGCAUGCACGAGGAGGGGUCCCCGGGCUGCCGGGGGGUCCUGUGCUGCGGUCCUGGGGGAGGCGGCCCCAUGGGCCUCCCUGACCCCUGA